AUGGUACACAUGGAUGUCCCCCAAAACACUUCAGGGUUGCUCUCCUUCAGAGAUCUUGCUAGCAUUCGUGGAUUUGACUCUGAGGUACACUUUAUGAUGUUCAAAGCCCUUCAAGAAGUUUUCCUAGGACGCCCUGUCCUAGGUUUCUGGGAUGGUGUCUCCAGCCCUCCUCCCUCUCCAAAUCAUGCCAUGUGUUUCUUCACUUUGGACUUGGCCAUGUUUAAUAAUUUACAGGUUUCUUGGAACAUUCUCUUCCGCUAUGGUGAGAAGCACAAACUUUAUUUCGCACUGCUGGAGGAAGAGAACUAUUUUGGCGAUGGAAAACGCACAUUUAAGGCUGACAUGGUGUGGUCCCCUCCCCUUGACAAGGUGGUGCCUAACAUAUUUGCAAUUCACACAAGAUGGGAUCAUACUGAGGAGAAGAAAGUGAUGCCCGAAGACUCCGUCUUUUUCACCAUCGUCUGGGAACCCACGGCUCUAUUCCUGUCCCUCUUCGAUUUUUAUAAUAAGACGGUUGGGGUGACGCUGGAUCAAUACGUGAAGCAGGUGCCAGUCGACGGUAUGAGAAUCCUCGGCUACUUGGGCUACAAUCAGAUGUCGUGGGAUUUCGGAAUGUCGCUGCAGCAUACCAACAAUCUUUCUGCCGUCCGUGAAAUGUCAUUGCUGAGUUUGAAGGUGUCAACCUUCAAACUCAGUGGCUAUCCCUUAUAUGAAGUGAAUCGGGUUGACGAACAGUUCGGGCUGGUGCUGGUGGCGGAUAGAAUGGGAGAGUCGCUGGUGCUAUUAGCCAAUUACCUGUGCUGGGAGCUGAGUGACGUGCUGGUGCUAAGGGUUAACACACAAAAUAUAUAG